AACGACUUCAUAAGGAGGCGUUUCUGGGCGCAGCCGUGUCGCUUCUGGUUUCCAUCGUGUGAAAAGAACAGAGUAACAAGUCUCAAGCAGAAAAAGGUCUUGAGGACACCUUGUGGCUCACCCAGUGUGACUGUGACGAUCAACCUUUUUUGUGUUGUCCUCCCCCACCUGCCAGAAGCGAACCAUGAAGGACCGCUCUUCAACUCCCCCCUUACAUGUUCACGUGGAUGAGAACACCCCUGUCCAUGUCCACAUAAAAAAACUCCCGAAAGCAUCAGCGACCAACAGCCAGGUAGGAGCAUGCCAGGGGGGCAAGGCCAAGGCUGUGGAGCAAGGCGACACCUCCCAGCUGGGCCUCCUCACACUUCUAACUCCAGAGAUUUGAGAGACAGACACAUUCGCUUUCAGAGCUCAGUUGCCUGGUUGGAAGGUAGGACGGUCACCUGGAAGUGGCAGCAGUAGCCUUAGUCAGAAGCGGCUCCCCAGCAGAGUUGGAAGCAGAUGCCACCAGAGUGAUGCCACGGCCAGCUGCGUGGGGAAGUGACCCUGGGUUUGUCCCUUUCCACAGAAAUCACAUAAGCGCGGAAUGAAAGGGGACACCGUGAAUGUGCGGCGGAGUGUCCGGGUGAAAACCAAGAAUCCACCUCACUGCCUGGAGAUCACACCACCAUCUUCAGAAAAGCUGGUCUCAGUGAUGCGGUUAAGUGACCUCUCUACCGAAGAUGACGACUCGGGUCACUGUAAAAUGAACCGUUAUGAUAAGAAGAUUGACAGUCUAAUGAACGCGGUUGGUUGUCUCAAGUCUGAGGUCAAGACGCAGAAGGGAGAGCGCCAGAUGGCCAAAAGAUUCCUGGAGGAACGCAAGGAGGAGCUGGAGGAGGUGGCCCAAGAGCUGGCUGAGACCGAGCACGAGAACACGGUGCUGCGGCACAGCAUCGAGCGCAUCAAGGAGGAGAAGGACUUCACCAUGCUUCAGAAGAAACACCUCCAGCAGGAGAAGGAGUGCCUCAUGUCCAAGCUGAUGGAGGCUGAAAUGGAUGGGGCUGCUGCGGCCAAACAAGUCAUGGCCCUGAAGGAUACCAUCGGGAAACUGAAGACGGAGAAACAAAUGACCUGCACGGACAUCAACACCCUAACGAGGCAGAAGGAACUUCUCCUGCAGAAGCUGAGCACAUUUGAGGAGACCAACCGCACCCUCCGAGAACUGCUAAGGGAACAGCACUGCAAAGAGGAUUCCGAAAAGUUGAUGGAGCAACAAGGAACAUUAUUGAAACGGCUGGCAGAGGCGGACUCCGAGAAAGCGCGCCUGCUAUUACUGCUGCAAGACAAAGACAAGGAGGUGGAAGAGCUCCUCCAGGAAAUACAAUGUGAGAAGGCUCAAGCGAAGACAGCAUCUGAGCUUUCGAAGUCCAUGGAGACCAUGCGUGGGCAUUUGCAGGCACAGCUUCGGUGCAAAGAGGCAGAGAACAGUCGCCUCUGCAUGCAGAUCAAGAACCUGGAGCGCAGCGGAAACCAGCAUAAGGUGGAAGUGGAGGCCAUCAUGGAGCAGCUGAAGGAACUGAAGCAGAAGGGAGAACGAGACAAAGAGUCCUUGAAGAGGGCCAUCCGAGCCCAGAAAGAACGAGCUGAGAAGAGUGAGGAGUACGCUGAGCAGCUGCACGUGCAGCUUGCUGACAAGGAUCUUUAUGUUGCUGAAGCUUUAUCCACUCUGGAAUCAUGGAGGAGCCGCUACAACCAAGUUGUGAAAGACAAGGGGGACCUCGAGCUGGAAAUUAUUGUCCUGAACGACCGGGUGACAGAUCUUGUAAACCAACAACAAACCUUGGAGGAGAAGAUGCGGGAAGACCGUGACAGCCUGGUGGAGAGACUACACCGGCAGACUGCCGAGUACUCCGCAUUCAAGCUAGAGAAUGAGAGGCUGAAGGCUAGCUUCACCCCUAUGGAGGAGAAACUCAGCCAGGCGCACGUCGAGGUUCAGCAACUGAAGGCAUCGGUUAAGAACUACGAGGGAAUGAUUGACAACUAUAAGAGUCAGGUGAUGAAGACCAGGCUGGAGGCUGAUGAAGUGGCUGCCCAGCUGGAACGCUGUGACAAAGAGAACAAGAUCCUUAAAGAUGAGAUGAACAAAGAGAUUGAAACGGCACGGAGGCAGUUCCAGUCCCAGCUGGCUGACCUGCAGCAGCUCCCUGAUAUUCUCAAGAUCACGGAGGCUAAGCUGGCAGAGUGCCAAGACCAGCUGCAGGGCUAUGAGAGGAAGAAUAUCGACCUCACAGCCAUCAUAUCAGACCUGCGCAGCCGGAUCGAACAUCAGGGGGACAAGCUGGAGAUGGCAAGAGAGAAACAUCAGGCUUCCCAGAAGGAAAAUAAACAGCUGAGUCUGAAGGUGGAUGAACUGGAGAGGAAACUGGAGGCGACCAGUGCCCAGAAUAUCGAGUUCCUACAGGUGAUUGCCAAGAGGGAGGAGGCAAUCCACCAGUCCCAGCUGCGACUAGAAGAGAAAACCCGGGAAUGUGGGACCCUGGCGAGGCAGUUGGAGAGCGCCAUUGAAGAUGCCAGGAGGCAGGUGGAACAAACCAAGGAGCAUGCAGCCUCCAAGGAGCGAGCAGCCCAGAACAAAAUCCUGGACCUUGAGGCCCAGCUGAGCAGGACCAAGACUGAACUCAGCCAGCUCCGGCGGAGCCGGGAUGAUGCUGACCGCCGCUACCAGAGCCGCCUGCAAGACCUGAAAGACCGCCUGGAGCAGUCGGAGAGCACCAACCGCAGCAUGCAGAACUACGUCCAGUUCCUGAAGUCGUCCUAUGCCAACGUGUUUGGGGAUGGUCCCUACACUUCCUACCUAACGAGCUCUCCCAUCCGCUCCCGGUCUCCUCCUGCCUAAGGCAGCCACUCUUGGGCUAGGAGCUCGGAUGGAUGCCGUGGGAACUGAGGCUUUGCUAAGCCAUACCCAGAAAGCCUGUUGGUUUUCCUCUCUCGUCCUGUGAUGAAGUAUGUUCAGGGUCUUGUCUUAGCUACUAGCUCCAGAAAAGUGCCUGAAGCAGCAGGGGAUGAAGCAGAACCCACUUCGUUCUCUCCUCUCUGACAGCAUCGCCUGACGGAAGUUUUUAAUUACCUUGACAGGCCUUAAAGUUACUACUAUUAGGGUCAGAUUGUAACUCACCGUGACUUUGCUCAUUCCUUUCCCAAGAGAAUGUUUGGACUGGACUUGCCCUCCAGUUCCCUUACAGCUCUCUUCUUUUUAGGACUGUCUCUUGGGUUUUCCCUGACCUGAACCAGCAGGAGCUGUUCGCCAGAGGUCCUCACCGCUCCUCAUGUUCCCUUGCUGUUUCCCUUAUUUCACGGGUAUGGUGUUUUCCCCAAGGUGCUCCCCUCCCAAGCCCAGUGGAAACCUCUUAUGGCCAAGUUUCCUCAAGGCCACUUGCCCUCAUGCACUUGCCAACAGACACUCGAGGGCUUAUGUCCAGUUCGCCUUGUAAAAGUACAAUCCCAAUCUCAUUGAUUUUUCUCUUUGCCAGGUUUGUAUCUGUGGAAUGCAUUUAUUCUUGAAACAUGUAUGUUGUUUUACAAAAAGCUUUUAUAAUCAGUAUUUAAGUCUCCAUCGGAUGAUUUCCUUUACCCGCCCCAGCCCUCUUCUAAAAAUGAUUCAGUAAAAUGCUGCAGGAGAGCCAGUAAACGUUUUUAAAGGA